AUGAGCGACUCGGGCCGGGCGUCAAACCCGUCAACGAGUCAGGGCUAUUUGGAGAACGGCGAGACCGUCAAUCAGGCCCUUGACAAGCUGCUUCGGCCGCUUCUAUUAUACAAAUUACGGAAACUUCCGGACAAAGACUAUGGUGAUUCGGUACGCGAUCUCCACGAACAGAUUUCAACGAUUAUUGGCCAGGAGCCAGACGGGAAUAGGAGACGAAGACUCAGGCGAGCUUCACCGGCCAUUAAUUAUAUUCGCGAGCAGGUGUUUUUGCUGAUGCGAACACGACAAGACAUGCCGGACGUCGAUAUCCCUCGCCUCGUGCAGAGUCUUGACGCUGUCGUCAAAGAAUCAUUUGACGAGCACUUUCGUGAAGCAGCCACCGCAUUGGCCACGCUCGUCAUUUUGAUCAAGCUGCCUAUGUUGACGCAGGUUUACGCCGGUUUAAUCCGGAACGUUUCCUGGAUGGCCGACAGUAAAAUGUUUGAACUACUCUCUCCAACCUGCCCGGCCGUUGCGGAGGCCUUUGUCGAUGCCUAUAAAAAAGCCAUCGUUCAAAAUAUGUCAAACAAGGAAGCGCGGGAUCGUGAAAUGGCCGCCGUUUCGGCUACGCUUUCUGCCCUCUGGAAUCUCGCCUCACAUUCGACGGACAACAAGAAGGCAAUCUGCAAAACGGAAUUCUGCCUCACCUACCUCGUAGAACUGCUGACGCCCAACGCCAAGGCCACGUUGAUUGUUGAGAGUGCGACCGGAGUUUUGAAAUACGCGACACAGUACGUGUCCAGCGCGCCGUGUCACGCACAAAUUCGGGCGAGCCUAUUACCCCCAUUGUUACCGAUGCUCAACUCUUCCUCAUUUACGAUCAUCUCGAACACGGUGUCGGCCAUUGACAACCUGAUCGUACACGACCCGAAUUUACAGAAUUAUCUGCGUGAACAAGCGUACUCGCAGCUGAAUACGCUACGCAAUUCACAACGUGACGAUAUUCGAGCGUUGGUCAAGCGAGUGCUCAACCAUCUCAACAAUGCGGCCAUGUAUACGUCCCAGCAAUACAAUUCAAUGAUGUCGGCAUCAAUGGGCGGUGAUAUGCUUCAUUCGGCUUCUCCUCGUUAUAUGGAUAAUCGUUUGUUGACUCUGCGUGCCUCUCGGGCAUCUCCAGGCGCUCCUGCCCUUCCCCAACAAACAAUGUCCAUCUACAAUCGCUCUAGCUCAUUGCCGAGGCAUUUCUCAAAUAGAAUUACUCCGCUUAAUGGAAAUCCUGCUAUGGUUAAUAGUCAAUUCCAAAAGUCACCCGAUCACAUUUCCCAACGCUCCUAUUUACAGUCGAACGAGACGAGCCAGGAAAGCGGAGUCGUAGGCGACGACGGCAGCCAGCUGGAUGGAGAGUUACACGAAAUCGAACCAACGGAAAGUCUGCGCGUCUCCCCCUCGACGUCGACACAAUCCCUUGGUUCAUUGAUGCCAGAAGUGAAUACGUCCGGCUGGGAAAGCGUCGUCGACACGGCCGACAAUAGUGCCCGUCUAUCCCCAGUAUCCCCAUCCGAUCUACCGGAUUCCCCGACCGCUUACUCCAACCCUAAUUUCAUGAUGCAGCAGGUUGGCUUCAUGUCACUCGAUCAUGCUGCGAAUGGCCCACGGCUGAAUCCGCAGCCGAUGGCCGCCCUCCAGAUCAGCACCACCACCCCGCGACGCCCGAAUUUGCAUUCGAGACAAACUACGGCUAGCAGCGACGCAACGUCAAUUCCGAGUGAUGAACCCACACCCACAUAUCCGUUGAGGCCGAGCCGACGUGAGAGCCACAGUGAUGACGACGUUCUCCCCGGACCAAUCGACGAAAACGACUACGCGUCACUUCCGAUCGACCAUACCUUGUUGGACAAAUCAAUCGCGGCAGCCCUACCACCAAAAAAGCCGGAUGUCGAUCGGAAAGGGGCCCUCCUCCUCAGCGAAGCCAUCGAGUCUGCCAUGCCGCCACCGCGCUUCCCGUCAGGACCCGGUCUUUUGGAUGCGGCCAUCCGAUCUCAGAUGCCGUCCUCGUCCCCCUUCUCGACCCAACAACACCAUCUGACGACGACGCCAAAAAACGCGGUGGCGGACGGUCACCAACAAUUGGCAGCCAGCCACCGACCGUCCGCCCAUCAACAGGCAGCCCCCGUCAGCCUUAUCAAUAAAUCACUAAUGUGCAACCAUAUGGGUGAACUGGUGCGAGACGCAGCACGCCUUGACGAGUCCUUUGAACAUCCCGAUUCGGAGGACGAGCCCACCGACUACAGCGAAUCCUCUUCCGAGGCAGAGCCCAUCACCGAGGUGAACGCCGAUCUGCCGAGUGACGUCCUCGAGGAGCUCGAAAAGGAGAAGGAGCUGCUGGAGCGAGCACGAGAAAAAGCGAGCAACACCCAGAAUCGAACGUCGCGCCUCCGACCUCCGAUCGCAAGAAAGCCGACAAAUGUACAAAAGCCGACUAGUCCCCGGAUGGCCGUCCAACCGUACAACUACAAGAAAUCGACGGGUGCCCCGGUUGGAGAGCGCGACGAGGAGAAGCAGCCCGACGAGCAACAGGCCCGAAUGCGCUCCUCCAGUAACAAACUUCUCGUGACAACCGUC